CCGCCGCCGCGCAGCCCAUAAAGCGCCGCCUGGGCCGGAGCCGCCGCGCAUAGCUGGGCAGCGCCGGGCGUGUGCGGCGUCGCCAUGAGGGAGAUCGUGCACAUCCAGGCGGGCCAGUGCGGCAACCAGAUCGGCACCAAGUUUUGGGAAGUGAUCAGCGAUGAACAUGGGAUUGACCCAGCCGGAGGCUAUGUCGGUGACUCAGCGCUGCAGCUGGAAAGGAUCAAUGUCUACUAUAAUGAAUCAUCUUCCCAGAAAUUCGUACCGAGAGCAGUCUUAGUGGACUUGGAGCCAGGAACCAUGGAUAGUGUGCGAUCUGGUCCUUUUGGUCAGCUCUUUCGACCUGAUAAUUUCAUCUUUGGACAAACUGGUGCAGGAAAUAACUGGGCCAAAGGACACUACACAGAAGGAGCAGAGCUGGUUGAUUCUGUACUUGAUGUAGUAAGAAAAGAGUGUGAACACUGCGAUUGCUUGCAAGGAUUUCAGCUCACUCAUUCCCUGGGAGGAGGGACAGGGUCUGGCAUGGGAACCCUUCUCAUCAGCAAAAUACGAGAGGAAUAUCCUGACAGGAUAAUGAAUACAUUUAGUGUCAUGCCCUCUCCAAAGGUUUCUGAUACAGUGGUGGAGCCUUAUAAUGCUACUCUCUCAGUCCAUCAACUGGUUGAAAAUACAGAUGAAACCUACUGCAUUGAUAACGAAGCUUUGUAUGAUAUUUGCUUCCGCACCCUGAAGCUUACCACUCCAACAUACGGAGACUUAAACCACUUGGUUUCUGCUACCAUGAGUGGAGUGACUACAUCCCUGCGUUUUCCAGGCCAACUAAAUGCUGAUCUCCGGAAGCUGGCAGUAAAUAUGGUCCCUUUCCCACGCCUUCACUUUUUCAUGCCGGGCUUUGCUCCUCUGACAGCCCGAGGCAGCCAGCAAUACCGAGCACUCACUGUUCCAGAGCUUACCCAGCAAAUGUUUGAUGCCAAAAAUAUGAUGGCAGCAUGUGACCCAAGACAUGGGCGAUAUUUAACAGUGGCUACAGUCUUCCGUGGUCCCAUGUCCAUGAAGGAGGUUGAUGAACAGAUGCUGGCCAUUCAGAACAAGAAUAGUAGUUACUUUGUAGAAUGGAUCCCAAACAAUGUCAAGGUGGCAGUUUGCGACAUACCGCCUCGUGGUCUCAAGAUGGCUUCCACAUUCAUUGGCAACAGUACAGCUAUUCAAGAGCUCUUCAAAAGGAUUUCUGAGCAAUUUUCUGCCAUGUUCCGGAGAAAGGCCUUCCUACACUGGUUCACAGGAGAAGGAAUGGAUGAAAUGGAGUUUACAGAAGCAGAAAGCAACAUGAAUGAUCUGGUUUCAGAGUAUCAGCAGUACCAAGAAGCUACAGCAAAUGAUGGAGAGGAAACAUUUGAAGAUGAGGAAGAAGAAAUCAAUGAAUAAAGAAGUUAUGAAAAAAAAAAUUUCCAGGCCAAAUUCUCAAAUCUGGAUUUCUAAUAAUUAGGCUCAUAAACCUUCAUUUAAGCUUAAAGAAAAAAAAAAAAAAAAAAAAGAAGGCAUGAUCUCAGAUGUUAGAGGUGCUUUUCAGAGUCCAUUGAGGUCACUGGGAACUGAAGAUGUUCAGCACUUCUGGAUAUCAGGCCAUUUCUAUUCAUGAGACAAAUAUAAGGCAUUCAGUUAAUAUUUUGGCCUAAGAGUCUGAACAGAGGUUGCUAGUUUGGGGUAUAUAUAUUUUUUUUUGUUCCAAAAUUUGUCUUCCAUGAAGUUGUACAAGAAGUAAAAGAGGCAUGAAAAGCUGCACUAUUUUCAUCCAGUUAUGAAUAAGAAAAACUUGUGAGUUUGAAGUAAUCAUUCUGUAUUGAGUGUAUAAUACUGAACUGCCAGGAACAAAAUUUAUUCAUAAUAAAAAGAUUUAACUGUUCUGUACAGUAAAUGUGAACAACGAUAUUUCACAUCAGACCUCUGGUAGCAAAACAAAAUAAAAAAGAUUAGCAUCCUCUCAAA